UGUGGCCUUACAGUAAAUAGAAACUAAUAGGAAGGUAGUUAUGGGAAGCACUUCCUGAUCUCAUCCUCCCCGGUGGCUCCAGAGUCUGCGGUGUGUUGAAGUAUUGGAUUUUUCCAGAAUGGAAGAACCUGGUCAAGAAACAGCCAAUUACCUUCAAGAAGCAGAUCCAUACUUUUCUUUUGGGGUGAUUGGGGAUGUCCAAUACAGCACUAAACGCAAUGGACUGAGCUCAUGGAAAGUCAUGAGAUACUUCCAGCAGAGUCUACUCCACCUCCAGCAAGCCAUAGAAGAGUGGAGCAGGGAAGACCCUUCACCUAAACUCGUACUGCAACUUGGAGAUGUCAUAGAUAGUUCCAACCGUAAAUUGGGUAGAUCAAAGGAGGCACUUGAGACAGUUCUGAAGGACAUUGAACUAACCAGUAUUCCUUUCCAUCAUAUCUGGGGGAACCAUGAGCUCUAUAACUUUAAUCGGGAUUUCUUGAAACAGUCAAAGUUAAAUACAUCCGGGAUGCAGGACAAGCAGCCCAAUGGCCAUGGAGAAGAACUUGAUGAAACCAGCGAUCCUCCAGACUACUAUGCAUAUCACUUCAGUCCUCACCCCAAAUUCCGGAUCAUUUUAUUGGACACCUACGAUUUAAGUGUCUUUGGCAGAAAGCUGGACAGUCAGGGAUAUCAGGACUCUUUAGACUUUCUCGAUAAAGCUGAAGAAGAGGAACAGAACGGCUCCAGUAAACAUCUGGUAGACUUUAAUGGUGGACUCGGCUCUAAGCAGCUCUCUUGGUUGGAUGAAGUCCUCACAUAUUGUGACCAACAAAAUGAGAGGGUCAUCCUGGCUGGCCACACUCCAAUACAUCCCGAGGCCAAUUGCACGCCAUGCCUGGCAUGGAACUACAAGGACAUCCUCCAAGUCAUCCAUUCACAUCGAAGCGUGGUGUGUUACUUUGCUGGCCAUGACCACAGUGGGGGGUAUCACCAGGACUCGCACGGUAUACAUCAUGUCACUAUGGAAGGGGUCAUCGAGUCCCCUCCUGACAGUAAUGCAUUUGGGACAGUGGAUGUUUAUGAAGACCGGAUGGUCCUUCGGGGAAGAGGAAGAGUGAAGAGCAGAGUUCUCGUCUAUCCGGAGAUGUACCCGGCCGUCUGCUGCUGCCUCCCAGGCCUUGAAUUUGGCAAUACAGACUUGAAAUGAGUGCAUUGGUUGGUGGCUCGCUAUAAAAUGGCCACGU